AUGCCGUGUUUGCUCGACAAUGUUCAACCCCCACCACCAAACAACAUAGAUCCUACCCUCACCCUCCUCGCAAAUGAGUUAUUUGAUAAACUCGAUGGAGUAAAUCGUCAUAAUUUGCAAGAAGCAUCUACAAUCACUGAACGCAAAGCACAAAUUAUCAAUGAAUUCAUUACCACUUUUCGGAUUCAUAUCGGCAACGAUAUGCUUUUGUCGGCCAAGCUUAUAUUCCCAGAAAAGGCUAGUAGACUUUAUUUCAUAAAAGAAACGGCCUUGGCGCGACUCAUUAUCAAGAUGUACAAGAUUCCCAAGGAUGCUGAAGAGUAUAAUUUACUUCAUUAUUGGAAUCGACAGUAUCAGAAAUCAAAACGAUUUGCUGUUGAUGAACGCAAAAUAAGAGAUUUACCAUUACAAGCAGCAAGAGUUAUAGCUACUCGACGUCCAUUUAUCGAACGUUGCAAAGAAUAUACCGUACCCAAAAUCAAUUCCAUUUUGAAUGACUUAACCAUGGCUAAACAAUCACAAGACCAAUUGGAGAUUUUACAACCAUUGUUUGAUAAUUUACGCAUCGAAGAGAUUCGGUGGUUUAUACAAUUUAUAUUAAAGAAGCCCAUCCUAAUUCAUAUGGAAAAGUAUUUUUUCAAUAGUUGGCAUCCUGAUGGAUAUAGGCUAUACAGUAUUUGCAACAGUUUGGAAAAGACAUUCAACUUGCUCAUUGAUCCAGACAAACGAUUGACGAGAGAAGAUUUAGGGAUUCAUCCGGGUUACAAGUUUAAACCGCAGUUGGCUGAAAGAUUAACUUCCAAUUAUAAUGUUGCUGUUCGAAAAUUGCAAAAGAAGCAACCAAUGGAUCCACAAUAUGAAGAUAAAUUCAGAUCAUUGCAAUUGGAGGAUAAGUUUUAUAUUGAGGAGAAAAUGGAUGGUGAUCGUAUGUUGCUUCAUAAAGAAGGGAAUCGAUUUAAAUUUUUUUCAAGACGAUUAAAGGAUUACUCGUUCUUGUAUGGCGAAUCAUUUCAAUUUGGAUCCUUGACUAAAUAUAUUCGUGAUGCAUUUGCUAAUAAUAUUGAGUCAAUAAUUCUUGAUGGUGAAAUGGUGGCGUAUGAUUACAAACGACAAGCGAUUUUACCAUUUGGGACGUUGAAAUCACUGGCGGUUCAGGAAAGUGUGCGACAAUUUACAACUAUUGAUCAUUAUGAAUUGCAGACUAGUUACCCUUAUUAUUUGAUCUUUGACAUCUUGUAUCUCAAUGGUCGUGAUUUAAGUAACUACCCUUUGUUUUUCCGGAAAGAUUUAUUGGAUCGAAUAAUUAAACCGGUGCCGUAUAGGUUUGAAGUUCAUGAUGUUCGCUUGGGCUCUGGUGUUGCCGACAUUGAAAAAGCCAUACGUGAAGUUGUAACCAGCCGAAGUGAAGGUUUAGUUUUGAAGCAUGUUCAACUGAGGUAUGUCAUUGGUGGGUUUAGAAAUCCCAAUUGGAUCAAAGUGAAGCCAGAAUAUUUGGAAAAGUUUGGCGAAAAUUUGGAUUUGGUAGUUAUUGGGAAAAACCCGGGAGUGAAGAACUCGUACAUGAUGGGAUUAAAAAAUAAAGAGGGCAAUGAUAGCGAUGACGGUGGUGGUGGCGCCUAUUAUAGCUUUUGCAUGUGUGCCAAUGGAUUUGAAAUUGAAGAAUUUGACAAGAUUGAGCGAUUGACCCACGGCAGAUGGAUAAAUACACUGCAGCAAAUGCCACCAGAACUGUUGAUAAAAUUUGGUCGCAAGAAACCUGACUUUUGGAUCGAUCCCCAAUAUUCACUCGUUUUAGAAAUUAGAGCCCGAUCAAUUGACGUUCGACCCGAGGCCACAUUUGCUGUGGGGACAACAUUGCAUAAUAUGCAUUGUCGAUGCAUUCGUGAAGAUAAAUCAAUUGAUGAAUGUAUUUCAAUGCAAGAGUAUUUUGAAUUGAAGCAGGAUUAUAUGCGCGACUUGAAUUUAAAAUCACAAGCUGCAACCACCAAUAAACGCGAUAGAAAUAAAUUGACAGAUUCAUUUAACGAGCCGCUGAGUUUGAUCCAAGUGAAAAUAGAACUGGAUUUAUUUGCUAGUUUUGAAUUUUUAAUAUUGAGUGAUAAACAUGACCCAUUCAAUGGAGGACAAAUUACAACUAUUGAAGAAUUGAAGACUUUAGUUAAGCAGUUUGGAGGCCAUCUAGUUAAUGCCAUUGACGGUAAAACGAAUUUACAAAUUAUCAUUAUAACGGAAAAGAAUUUACCUACAAGCCACCGAUACUUGGCUCAGGGUUUAGAUUUGAUCAAUCCAUCAUGGAUCUUUGAGUGUAUUAAACGCCAGCAUAUUGUUCAAUUGGAAUCUUGUUUUAUUUUUGAUUCACCAAAUUGGGCCAUGUAUGAUCAGCGAGUUGAUAAAUUUGGUGAUUCUUAUACUGUGCAUUUACCAAUUAAUGAUAUCAAUGCCCCCAAGUUGACGCGCGAUGAAGUGGAUCAAUUGAGAAAUGAAUUUGAAUGGAACGAAUCGAUUAAACCAAAGCUAUACUUGUUUGAAGGAAUUGCCUUUUAUGUAAUUGGGAAAUCCAUCGCUAGUCAAUUGGUUAAGGAGCGAAUUGAACGGUUUAGUGGUGAAGUUGUUAAUGACUUUAUUCAGUGUGGGUAUAUAGUUGUGCCCAAUUAUGAAGAAAAGGAAUUUCGAGAUGAAACACUUGCAACAGUGAAGGAGAUUUAUCAAGCAAUUAAUGACAAUUUGCGAUUUACUCCUGAAGGAAGAUUUAUUCCCAGGAUUCCAUUUACUGUAAUGGAAGAUUUUAUUGGUGCUUCAAUUAAAUCCAACAGUGUUGUUGAUCCUGACGACUAUAAAUUUUAUUGA